UAAUAGAACGUAUAAAAUUCGUGAAUUUACUUUUAUUAUGUGAAGUGGUUUUUUAAAAAUGGCUCUAAAACCUGGAAUAUAUUAUAUUUUUUCGUUGUUUCUUAUUAUGGUAGUGUUACUAACAAUUUUCGUUCCAACAUUUAUAAUAUUGGGUUGUUAUCGACAAAUCAUCGGUUUUAUUUUGAAAAUGAAAUAUGGUCGUUUAUUUGGUGGCUUACUUGAAGGAAAAGAUGCGUUUUGGGCAUUUGAGGAUGCCUCCAAGAGCAUAAUCACCGCGCUUAUUAUUAUGGAAUCAACCAAAGAUUUAAAUCACUUUAUAGAAACUCUGCAAAGAAGAAUCCACGAGAGGCUUUUUAAAAAAGAGUCCAAACUAGGAUCGAUACGUCAAAAAUUCGGUGGCUACAGUUUCCUUAUAAAAAACCAAUACUCCCUAGAUAACGCUUUUAAAAUAAUUAAUGUCUACUCAACUUUUGACCGAUCGUACUUGGUGAAAUUUGUUGAAGAGUGUUUCUCUCGAGCGAUGCCCAAACAAGAUACAGGUCUUUGGGAAGUUUUGGUCUUUGACAAAGAGGCACAAUGGCUUAAAAGAAACAGCAAAAAUCAAUUUGUUAUCGUAUUUCGUUGUCACCACAGCUUGGGUGAUGGUUUUGCUUUACUCGACCUUUUAGCCCACCAGUUUUCAAGUGAAAGUACUACACAACCAUCAGAAAGCUAUCGAAAGCAAUGGGCGAAAUCGGGCAUCGCGACAAGUUGGUUUGCUUUAUUUAAACAUAUUUUAUAUGGCCCCGCUCAAGUAGCAAUCGAGAAACUUUCGCGACAACAUGAUGUCAAUUUCCUACAUCGGGAUAGUCUUUGCGGAGAGAAAAUUGUAGCCUGGGCUGUUGAAGAGAACCCUCAAAUGGUACCGAUUGUAAAAAUGAUAAAAAAUAAACUGCCAGAAACACGAUUUUCGGAUGUGAUAUUAUGUGCAAUUUCAAAAAGUUUAAAAGAUUUUUACUUGAAAAAAACUCAAAUGGUGCCAAAGCAUAUAACUUGCGUACUUCCAGUGCUACUAAAAGCUCAACCAGACACAAAUAUUUUCGAUUUGACAAACAGAUAUUCAGUAGCAGAACUAACUUUGCCUGUUCUUACAAACGAUAAUAUUUUUGAAGACGUGAGAAAGCACACAAUGAUUUUGAGGAAUUCUCCUGACAUUUUCGUCAAUCACUGGUUUCUUAAUAUUGUGGUUUCUAUACUACCGGAACUUUUGUUGAAACAAAUUUUAUAUUUGACUGACAGCACAGCCAUCAUAAGCAUUUUACCAGGAUUCAAACUAGGUUCUUGGGACGGGGAUACCAUCCGUGACAUCAUCUAUUGGGUUCCUCACCGUGGAUCUACAGGGAUAGGAUUCUCAGUGUUAACAUAUGAGAAUAGAUUUCAAAUAGGUAUAGUAGUAGAUAAAGAACUACCUAUGGAUCAAAAUGAUGCUCAAAUGAUUAUAGAUGGUGUAUUUAAAUCUAUUGUCGAUCAUUACACCAGUAACUUUGAUACAUUGUAAACAGUAACCUUCAAAAGAUAAAGUGCUUAGGCUGGUUAAUAAAGAUUACUAUGUUAAA